AUGGCAAGUAGGGAGCUGCGUGCGACUGCGACCCUGGCUUCGCGUUAUACUCCACACGAAACGUCCCGUUCUGAAAAGAGAAAUGGCUCCCGGGGUGAUAAAUCUUUGGUCCUCAAGGAUGCCCCUCAACCUAACGAAGGGCGAGUUGGGUGGCAAGAUAUUGUGUUAGCAUUCGAGUUCAAGCUAGGUGACAAGGACAAUGAUAUAUACGACGACUGUGGAAUCAUUAUAUUCUUCGUAACGAUCCUCGCCGACUCGUUACAUUUGGGAUUUCCAUCGAAAAUACCUGUUGCCGGUUUUGGUAUUUCUCGUCAUGGUUUACCGGGGCAUCAACUUCAUACGGACUACGAACCAUAUGUCCAACUUCUUGGCCUUCGCCCCACGGCUACGACCCCACGGUUCAACGCCUCGACAAUUCCGGAAAUUAUAGCAUUCGCGUCGGGGAUAAGACAUAGAUUACCUGUGUAUGAAGGAGACAAGACUACGUUCUACGCGUUGAAGGAUGUGUGGGUCGAUCGGAGGAAGCAAACGGAGGGAGAGAUAUGGAAGCAGCUCAAGAAAGAUCUGAACAACGAAGUUUUCAGCAAGCACUUUCUGACAAUUGCACGCCGGACGCCGAAGCCCGGUCGUUCGGGCAUUGUUGGAGGACCUGAUGACUAUACUGCCUAUCAACUUGCCUAUCAAUGCCACCAAGAUCAUCCCGUCGACGUACCCCGUCGACACGACCGGACUGUCUGGAAGGAGGUUUGCAUGCCAUACGAAAAUCUAACCGACUUGUCAACGAUGAUUGUCUCACUUCAGCAUGCUAUUAUUGCCCUUCACACUAUGUGGAAGGGUUUGAAAGCCAUACAUCGGGACCCGAGCAGCGGGAACGUUUACUACGACGAUAAGAACGGCUCUGGCCGCCUUGGCGAUCUGGAGUUUGUGACAUUCUACACGGACGAUGCGGUAUCCAAGGGAAACAGCUACUCAUCGAGUAUUAAAACCGGCACCCUCCAAUCCAUGGCCUGCGAGGUCUCCGCUGGCUUUGAUCUAAUGCGACCACGAACUCCUUCGAUGAAGCUAGCCCGGCGUUUGUUUUCUUCAUCCAGUUCUCCAAUACCGCUAGACCAGCGUUUGCCUGUUUCGCCUGAUUCGUCUGAUACAUUGGAUAUUCCCGAUACUUUCGAUACCGACUCGCAUUCUACGGGGGUUUACGACGAUGUCGACGAUGCCGACGAAACUCCUACCUUCCUACAUAACCCACUCCAUGACCUAGAGUCAGUUUGGUGGCUUCUUGUCUGGACCUUGCUUCGCUUCCAUCCGGAGUCAACUGCUCCUCUCGACCACAACGCACUUCGAGAUCAGCUCAGAGUUUUUCUCUCCCUCUUCCCUGGGGAGGCCCAACGACGAAACGCGCUCCAAUCAAUCAACCUCAAGCACACCUCUACUAAAAUCUCGCUCAUCGGGCCAAAUCUCCGAGCACGUUAA